AUGGCGACGGCGACGACAGCAAAGGCCGGACAUGCGAUGCGCCGGCCGCGACCCAGCAUGGGCGCCCGUUUGGGCACACGCGCCAACACCCUCACCACAGGCAGCGAUACGCCCGUCAAGAAGAUGUCCGAACCACACGUCAGAUCCUCCGAGUACAUCCUGCGCAAGUUUCGUGGCAGCCCUCCCUCGCUCACCAUCCAUCUGCAUGCCACCUUCUUCCGCUUCGAUCAGCAAGAUGGCAGCUUCCCCUACGAUUCUCCCAUGAAGUUCAUCCUACAACACUUGCGCAAACAGACCGUUCCCCAUGAGAUGGUCCAGGACCUGCUGGAGAAUGGCGUCGUCUUCUAUGAUGGUUGCCUUAUCGUCAACAUUGUCAACCACAAAUCCUCUGUCGCAAAGACAACAACUCCUGGCAACCUGUCCGAGUCUAUUAAGCAACAGGAUGGCUCCAAGGAACAGACCCACACUGGUCCGAGAACCUCUAUCGUUGUUCUACAUCCUACAGACCUCUCGCGCCAUCACGAGUUGAUGCACCUCGCCAACCAACCAAACAAGACUGCUCUGGCCAUCGAUGAAAAGGAUUACUACCAAUUCGAGGCUAGCAUGCUCGUUUCUAGCGAACCUCCGCUGCUGUUAGAUCCUGCAAAGUCUCCCGAGGAGGCCGAAAUGGCUCUACGAAUGCUUCAACAUCCCCUACAUUCCGAGCCUCCGCCAUCACCAAGAUCUCGCAAGCGAACACAUGCCGAAAUGGCUCUCGACGAUGCACAAGCUUUCGAAGAAGAGAGGCGCAUGCUUAUCAUGGACGAACGCACAAAACCUUCUUUGCGUGGUGGAAACGGUACCUCUACUUCCGAAGGUCAGACUGCCUCGGUGGCACUUGGGUUCUCCAGGUUCAAGACGCUCGAAACUAUCAAGAAGAAUCAUGAGGAGAACGACCGCAAGAAGAAGGAAGAAGAGGCGCAGAAGGCCAUCGAAAAGCGUCAACACGAUGCUGCCCUAGCCCAAAAGAGAAAGCUCAUGGAGGACAGGACCAGACAAGAGCAGGCCGCUACGCAACAGAAGCAGAAGAUGAUGAUGCAGCAGCAGCAGUUGAUGCAGCAGCAACAAGCCCAGCAACAGGCCCAACAGCAGGCUCUCCAGCAACAACAGCAACAGGCUGCUCAGCUUCAGCAGCAGCAACAGAUGCAACAGCAGCAUGCACACAACUUGGCUCAGAGUCAAACGCCCAUGGCCGCGAAUCCACAGCAACAGCAUCUUCAGCAACAAGCUGCCAUGGCUGCUCAGCAUUCGUCUCCUAUCAUCCACAACCCAACCCCUAUCAUGGCUUCGUCACCUCUCAUGCCAAAUGCUGCCAACAUGAACAUGGGAGGCUUUUCGAUGCAACCCUCGAUGUCAAAUCAAGGCGCUGGGAGUCCGGCCCGUCCUCCUUCGGCUGCCAUGCAACACGCCAACAUCGCCAUGGCUAGGCAGCUCAGCCAGCAGGCUAGCCAGAGCCGUCAUGCUACUCCUCAAAUGGCACACGGAACUCCUCAAAUGGCAUCUGCUAUACCCAUCGACAACAACCGCCAGAUGAGUGGUACGCCCAACAUGCAACAUCGUAGCCCAAUCCCUCCCCAUAUGCAGAAUACACCCAGCCAAGCGGGCCUUAUGGCUGCAACGCAGAUGAACCAGCUCACCCCUGGUCAGCAGAUGGCACUUAUGCAACAGCAGCGCGCUCGUAAUCUACAGCAGACUAUGCAGGCUUCACCGAACCAGACUUAUACGCCUGAGCAGCUUGCUAUGAUGAGGAACCAGCAAAACAUGGCACUGCAGCAGCAGAUGAACCCUCAAAUGUAUGCUCAAAUGCAACAGCGCAUGCAGAUGCAGAAUAUGCAAGGUGGAACACCUAUGAUGCAGACGCCUUCUCAGCAGCAGCAACAACAACAGCAAAUGAGCCAAGCAAUGAGUCAACAGAUGGGACAGCAGGCGAUGCCCAAUGUUCAGGCUCAAAGGUUCCAGCAAGCUCGUGCUGCGUUGAUGCGCACGAAGCAGUUGAUUGUACAUAUGCAACAGCAACAGCAACAAAUACCGCCAGAGUUGCAACACAAAUAUCAGCAGCAAACACAAAUGGUUCAGAAUGCUCAGGCGCAAAUGGCAGUGGCUACAGCGCGGACGCAGCAACAGACUCUUGGCGACACGAGCAAUACCGAGCAAUACAUGCAAAACCUCCGCAAUCAGCAAGCACUGAUUGCGAGGAUGCAGCGAAACCCACAGAUGGCACAGCAACAAGGCAUGAUGAAUGGUGGAGGGCAGCAGCAACAAAACAUGAACAUGUUGCAAGCUCAACAAGCACAAAUGCAGCAACAGAUGCAAUUCGCUCGACAGAAUGCGAUGAAUCAACAACGACCCGGGUCGGGAAUGGGUCAGUAG